GUGAUUUCAGUGUGGUUGAUGGUUGUGUUUAUUUCUUCACUUUAUGAUCCAAUAAUUCCUACUGAUACAUAUAAUUUACUUACAUCUUAAACUCUAUUACACUGUCUUUCUUCAUCUAAUAUCUGUGUGGAAUCUAAAUUUUAUCACGAAAAGUUUAAGUGACUGAAAAGCAGUAUCCGUAAGACAAAAUGAAUACGCUUCCAGCCCAGCCCGUUGGGAUACAGAGUACAGCAGGUGCUGUUCCCAUCCGAAAUGAAAAAGGAGAGAUUUCUAUGCAGAAGGUGAAAGUACAGAGGUACAUAUCGGGUAAAAAGCCAGACUAUGCCCAAGGAGCAUCGUCGUCAGAAGAAUCUGAUACUGAAGACUUUAUUGAGCAACAGAAGCCAGAUCGCAGGCAGCAGACCUUACCACAGAUUAUAAGCAAGAAGGAAGAACACCAUAGUGAUUCUGAGAAAGAAGUUGAUGAUCCGCGUUUGCGGCGUUUAAGACAAGCAGCCCAGUCUCCUCCGAGACGAGCUGAGCACAAGCCAGAGAUCAUUGAUGCAGAGCCUGAGGAGGAGCAUGAAAGUAGUGUUGAAGAAUUCAAGGACAGUUCUGAGAGUGAGGAUGAACUUGAUGAAGAAGAGAUUGAGAGACGCCGACAGGCUCUCAAAGCUAAACUUGCUGCCAGGGAAGCUGAGAAGGAGGUACUUGGUAGAGAUGAUGAUGAGGAGAUGUUGGAUGGAGAUAAGGAAGAGAGUGGCUCAUCAGACACUGAGUACACAGACAGUGAGGAAGAUACAGGUCCUCGCGUGAAACCCGUUUUCGUAAGGGCCUCAGACAGAAUGACAGUGCAAGAGAGAGAACGGAAAAUAAAACAGCAGAAGAAAGAAGAAGCAGAAGCUAGGAAAGAAAAAGAAGAAAGGAGAAGAGAGGCUCUGAAACUGGUUGAAGAGACCAUAAGGUCUGAGCAGAGGGCUACACAGGGUGAACAUAAAGAAGGUAACAUCAACGACGUAUGCACCGAUGACGAGAACGAUGAACUCGAGUAUGAAGCGUGGAAGUUACGUGAAAUGAAGCGCAUCAAACGUGACAAGGAAGAGAGAGAAGCUGUGGAGAAGGAACUAUUGGCUAUCGAGCGUAUGCGUAACAUGACUGAAGAGGAACGCCGCGUGGAACAACGCCUCAAUCCCAAACUCGUCACCAACAAGUCUGUCAAGGGCAAAUACAAGUUCCUACAGAAAUAUUACCACAGGGGUGCCUUCUACUUGGACAAAGAAGACGAAGUGUUCAAACAAGACUUCUCUGGUCCAACUUUGGACGAUCACUUUGAUAAGACUGUUUUGCCUAAGGUAAUGCAAGUAAAGAAAUUCGGUCGAUCGGGACGUACGAAAUAUACACAUCUGGUGGACCAAGAUACAACGGAGUUUGAUUCAGCUUGGAGCAACGAAGGCGCAGCGGCUAGACUGGCCAACUUCAGAGGAGGCAUGAAGCAAGUUUUUGACAAACCGUCCGCUAAGAGGAAGCAUAAUGUCUGAUAAUUAUAUACUUUAUCACUGUACAGUUGAAGAGAAUAAAUAGGUAAUAAAAUAAUGGCGGAUUUAGUGGACACGAGGUCUGUAGCAAAUUUUAUCGAGACAUGGUCCUAUUCGUGGGCUCCCUUUCGUGCAGGUUAUUUUUCUGCGCGGACCUCUUUCAAGAAUGGCCUUUAGCUAUAGGUCUUGUGUUAUACGUGGUCUUGAAGGCAACAAACUUAAAGGAUUGUGUUCUAAAAGUACUGAAUAUUAGAUUUUUAUAAGCUCAGCAAUAAAUAUAAAGUUGAAUAAUGACGAAUGGUACCAGAAAACUUGCCAUAAAAUUUAGCAAUGCUAGUUUUGAUUGGGUAAAAAGAAAUCACCUACAUACGUAGACGCCAGCAGAUUGCCCUGUUCUAAUAAUAGAUUUUCUAUUUUAUGAGUUUGUUAUUGUGUCGAAAAUCUAAUGACUUUGUUGGGGUCUGUGCUAGAUAACUGGAGCUAUGCCUUAUCUAUUUUUACCGAUCAUUUGACUGUACAAAAGUGUUGUGUGUGUUGUCUGUUAUUACGAUGACGAUUGUAAAUAUUAUUAGGUUAAUGAAAUCUUAGCUUAAGUUUCAAAAAUAAAUAGUGGAAAAUUGA